AUGACCACCUUUCAGAUCCCACCCGGCUACGAAGUCGACCUCGGAAACCUCGCUGCUUUCGACAAGCGCGUUGGUAUCGAAGGCACUCCAGUCGAAGUGGCGACGCAAGGCGUUGAGCCCUUGGUGCACGCCAUAUUCUCUCUCCCCGUGCUUGAGAGCGACGAGGCCAAGCUAGUCUCGCUCCCCAACGGCGCGUUCCAUCUCCCCCGCGCCAAGCCUAUUCCGAAGGAGCGCGCCCUGACGAAAUGGGAAAAGUUUGCUAAGGAGAAGGGCAUCCAGAAGAGGCACCGCGACAGACUCGUGCUCGAUGACGCCACGGGGGAGUAUGUCCCGCGCUACGGGAAGGGGAGUAAAAACGCGCUGGAUAGAGACGUUAUUUUGCCGCACAAGGAGAGCAUGGGGGAGGACUAUGACCCGUUUGCGCAGAAGAGAAAGGAGAAGAAGCAACGGAUCAAGGAGAAUACCAAAAAGCACAAUUCCAAUCUCGGGCGCGCCGCGAAGGGCCGACGGGCACAAAUAAACCCAGUGCACGCACUUGAUGUGGGGAAGGCGGGGCCGAGUGGCAAGAAGUUUUUACCCAAGAAGGGCCUCAAGGAUUCCCUCGCCAUUGCCCAGCGCUCUACCGCUUCUGCGGGGCGUUUUGAUCAAAAGGUUACCAAUGAACCCAAGGCAAAACUUCAAGGCCGCAAGAAGAAGUUUCAAACUAUUGUAGAUAAGAAAGCCCUGGGUAAGGAGAAAGAGAGGUCCCAGAAGAUUGCAGAAAGAAUCCUAAUGGGUCGAAAGUAG